UUUUGCUUAGUGCUUCCAUCUUUAAACUACCUGUAAUCGUUUUUAAAUCGUUUAAAAAUAUUAGCAACAAUAAACAGCAACUGUAAUUUCAGGUUAAGUUUUUCUUGAUGUACAAAAUAUAACAAAUAUAAAAUAAAAUGACUAAAUCGUACCCUACCAAUUGGGAUGUAGAAAAAUAUAGAGAUGAGGUUGAACCGGAACAUCAUUGGGAAUUAAGAAAAAGAUUUAUAGAAACACAUAAAGGAAAGUUUAGUGAGGACUACUUAGUGGCUUUAGCGAAAACUUUCACUAAUAUAGAGUUUAUGGGAUGCAGCUAUCCACCCAACUUAAUGAUACGAAUAGCUGAAUUAUCGAAAGACGUUGCUAAAGAUUACAGGAAUGAGAAAAAAUCUAAAUUACAAAGAACCUUUGUAUCAGCAUCUAGUGCUGCUGAAAACAAAAUAAAGAUGAAAUUGGAUCCAGGUAGACAAAUACACCCAAGGAAGUAGUGGUUGAAGUGUAUUAUGAUUGGAAGAAGGAAAUGACUUCAAAAUUUUUUGAAAAAUUUAUUUUGUACAAAAUAGAAUGCAACUAAUAAAAACUUGGAAAAACCAUAAAA